CGCCUCCUUCAGACUCACUGAUUUUGAGGGCGUCGAUGACUGUCCGACACACAGCUGCGGCCAUAACUUGUGCGGUUUUCGUCACAUAUCUACUGCACACGAGCGACGCCAGGACCCAGUCGCAAGGAGAGACAAUUCAUCAGGGACCAGGGCAAGCAAGGCAUUUAACUUUAUGGGAGGAACCAGCACCAGAGGACCUUGUGCCCUUAGUUGCA